AUGACGGCGAUCUCGCAACAGCCGGCCCCUGGGUCGUUGACUCUGUGGGGAUGGCUUUGUUUGUUGGCCAAGGUUGGGAGGAUCGUGGCCGGCCUGAUCUUCAAGGUUGCCAGGUAUCCCUUUCUUGCCAAAGAAUCAAAGACGAAACGAUCGUUCCAUCACUACAUAGCCUAUGAAGGCAUGAUCGAUUUCCAGUCCAGCCUAUCCUCCAUCGAAAAACACGCCGUUCUUCCGUCGACAGCCUGGCAAUGCACGAGCUUUGCGCAUGGAAAUAAUGUGCCUUAUGAGCGACUAACACUUCAAGAUGGCACUCUCGCAUUUCUCCUGAAUGGAUCGUCAUCAUCUACAAAACAUUCUGUCGGGCUCAAUCCUUUCACCCGGGGGAGCAAAAAGGCCGCGGCAUUGGCGGAGGAAAUGAUUGUUGCGAAACAGAAAACCAACAAGGUCAUUGUAUAUUUUCAUGGGGGUGGUUAUGUGGCGCCAAUUCUGCCGCAGCAUAUUCGUCUUAUAUAUAGCUUUGAGGAUAAGCCUUGUUACAAGGAAGGGGUGGCUGUCUAUAUUUUGGCUUAUGGUCUGGUAACCGAACACACCAACCAAUACCCAACUCAACUCCGACAAGCUAUCUCCCUCCUUGAUCACAUCAUCAACACCGAAAAUAUCUCCCCCUCAAAUAUUACUCUCAUGGGCAACUCUGCCGGCGCGAAUCUCCUGCUUGCCGUGCUACUACAUCUCUCGCAUCCUAAUCCAGAUGUUCCGCCUCUUAAUAUGAAAGACGACGAAAAAUUCGCCGCCGCAGUCGCAAUCUCGCCGUGGUGUAAAAUGGAUACAUCCGCCAAGUCCAUGACCACAAACGCCAAUAGGGAUGUGCUCGCCGCUUCGGCACUGGAAUACUGGGGAGGAAAUUUCCUCGGCGGUCGUCUGCUCGAUCCUUGGAAUUCGCCCUUGGAGGCACCCGCGGAGUGGUGGACGGACUUGAAGGUCGGUGAGAUCCUCAUGCUGUACGGCGAGGACGAGAUCAUGAAAGAUGAUACGGAGAUUCUCUGCAAGAGAGUGCAGUCGGUUCAUCCGCAAACGACCGUCUACGGCCUGCAGGGAGAAAGCCAUGAACAAAUGGCCAUGACCAAACUCUUGCUUUUGCCUUGGAUUUCCGAUUCAGAAAAGAUAUACACUGCAUGGAUGAAAGAGCGGUUUUUCUCAUAA